CACACAUAAAAUGGACCUAAACUCGCGCUUUUGCCGUACUUCACAAGUAAACGGGAUUCGGGGAAACAACAUUUGCACUCUACAGUUCCGCGUUGUGAUUAUUAUGCAGUCAUUUACAGCAAUAUGAUAUCGACUGACUAACUGGAUCAACUGAACGCAUGUUUUUCUAUUUGAAAAACUAGCUGUCAUAAAGCAGAAAGUAAUACGAUACCGUUUAGCUCAGCUGAAGUGAUGACCAGGUUGUGAGUUAGUGAUGGAGAACAUUGAGGAGACGCCAUUUCGGAUCACCCAUACCGUCCAAGCUCUGGGCUCCGCACUACGGGGAGCGCCUGGAAAUGUUCCUGAUGCUAAUGGUCUGGGUAGCGGGGACAGAAUCUCGAGUGAGACGGAGAAGCUUUGGUUCAAAGAAAGCAGCGCUAAGAAUCUCCGAAACAGGGACUUCUUGUCACCCACCACGGUGCUGAAUACGCUUUAUACAGACAGGUUCCCUCAGCGGUGAUGGUUAGAGUGCAGUCCCUGAGAGGGACAGGGGUUCUCCCUGUGGCUGGAAGGGAACUCAUAGGAGAGGGGCUGAGGGUGUGGGUCGACCGGACUGCUGUGUUUUAGAAGGUCCUGAGUGACGUGUCGGUGUACCUGAAGCCUCCUUGCCAGAGACAGGGGUGUGUGGUGCUCUACUGCCACGCCCUGCACACCAAACCAAAUUUACCCUCCCCUGACACCCUCACGCUGGGGCAACUGUGCUGCUGACUGACCACUUAGGGGCGCUACUGAGGAGUC